AUGUCUGUUGUGGACAUCCGUGCCAUUGUUGCGGAAUUAAGAGAGCAAAUUAUCGGCAUGAGAUUGGCCAAUCUGUAUGAUAUUAAUAAGAAGACCUAUUUGUUGAAAUUUGCCAAAACCGAUGAAAAGAUUGUGGUACUCAUCGAAUCCGGAAUUAGAAUUCAUAGUACAGCAUUUGAGAGAGACAAAUCGAAAAUGCCAUCAGCAUUUGUAUUGAAGCUGAGAAAGCACAUCAGAACCAAAAGAUUGGAAAAUGUAGAACAAUUGGGCGUCGAUCGUGUUGUUGAUUUCACCUUCGGAGUUGAAGAAAAAGCCUAUCACCUCAUUGUCGAAUUCUUUGCCAAGGGUAACGUUGUUCUUACGGAUCAUCAAUACAAGAUUAUUAGUUUAUUACGUACACACAGCAAGGAAGCAGAGACUGGUUUGUUUGCUGUGGGAGAGACUUAUCCAGUUUCAACUCGUUUGCAAUUUGAAGGAAUUUCAAAGACGAGUCUAGCUCAAACAUUUCACAAUGCAAUCGAAAAAGAAUUAACAAGUGCUGUACAAACACCAAUCCAAGAAGAAACUACACCUCCACAAGAUCAAAAGAAGAAACAACCAUCGAAAAAAGCUCCUUCAGUUCCAACUCUUACUGUCAAAAAUUGUCUCGUCAAUCAUUUGGAUUAUGGUACAGGAUUCGUAGACCAUGUUUUGCUCACAUCAAAUUUUUUACCACAAAAUCUCAACCUUCUCGAUAGUUCACAAGACCUCACAAAACGACUAUUGGUAGAAAUUGAGAGCGUCCUUAAUUCCACACCACUCGUGGAAACACCAAUUUUGGAUAAGCUGGUAGCAUCAUUUAAGGAAGUCGAUGAUUUUAUCAUGAGAAUUAAGACCGAAAAGCAAAAGGGUUACAUUAUUCUCAAAAAUAUUGUACAUCAAAAACAACUGGAUGAGGUCACUGUUGAAAACCCAUUCGCUCCUCCAACUAAGGAGCCAACAACAGAGAAGCAAGGAGAGAAUGAGUCUUCCUCUACGGAGCAAAACGAACCAGUGGUACUCAACGAAUUGCAAUUGAAACAAAUAGAAUUAUUGAAAGAAGAGAAACGCUUAUCUAUUAAGAGAGACCAAUACGAUGACUUUACACCAUUCCUUUUCGAACAAGUUCGUACAAAAAUUCCAACCAACCCUGAUGAAAUCAAAGUCAUUGUCUUUCAAUCAUUUGACAAGUGUGCCGAUGAAUUUUUCUCAGCCAUCGAAGCAAAGAAGAUUGAGUCACAAAAAUCAAGUGUUGAGAACGUUGUAGAAAAGAAGUUGAAUAAGGUCAAAAAAGAACAAGAACUCAAAUUACAAGAAUUGCAGGCUUCCAUAGAUAAGUAUGAGACUAUUGCAAGUUUGAUUGAGAAGUAUUACGAAAUGGUUGAUCAAGCAAUUCAAGUCGUUUGUACUGCACUUGCUCAAUCACAACCAUGGGAAACAAUCAAACAAGUUAUUAAGGAACACCGAGACGUAGAUCCUAUUGCUUCCAUGAUUCAUAAAUUGAAAUUAGAGUCUAGCCAAAUCACGAUAAUGCUUCCUCCACCAUCUGUGUAUAUCAACCAAGAAGAUGACUAUGAAGAGGACGAAGAAGAAGAGAAAGAACAGAGUGAAGAAGACGAGAGCGGUGAUGAAAGUGACGACGAGAAAAAAGCUCCCUCUCCUAAAAAGAAGAAGGAAGAACCUAUGCGAAUUGACAUUGACAUUUCAAUGACAGCUCAUGCGAACGCUGCCAAAUAUUACGCUUUGCGUAAAAAGUCAAUGGAAAAUAAGGAAAAAGCCGCUAUUGCCUCAAAGACAGUCAUCAAAAAAACAGAACAAAAAACUCUCGAAUCUGCAAAGAAAACACAAGUCAAAUCUGAAAUUACUCUUCGAAGAAAAAGAUUUUGGUUUGAGAAAUUCUAUUGGUUCAUCACCUCUGAGAAUUAUCUUGUGUUAGGUGGACGUGACGCACAACAGAAUGAACUUGUUGUGAAACGAUACAUGAGAAAGGGUGAUAUUUAUGUACAUGCUGAUGUGCACGGUGCAUCAUCAUGUAUUAUUAAGAAUCCAACAGGAGAACCAGUCCCUCCUCUCAGUCUUCAAGAAGCCGGCAUGUUUUGCGUUUGUAGAAGUGUGGCUUGGGACAAUAAGGUCAUGUCGAGUGCAUACUGGGUUUAUGAUCAUCAAGUUUCCAAAACAGCUCCUUCAGGUGAAUAUUUAACAUUGGGAAGCUUUAUGAUUCGUGGAAAGAAGAACUUUUUGCCACCAUCACCACUGGUCAUGGGAUUUGCUGUCAUGUUCAAAGUGGAUGAAUCAUGUAUUCCAAACCACCUUCAAGAAAGAAAACCAAGAAUGAGUGCUGCUGAAGCAUCCGAUUAUCUAAACAAGGUUUCUGACGCGUUUUCCAAUGAUUACUACGAUGAUGCAGAGUCAUCCACGACAGGAGGUACUUUUGAGGAAGACACCACCAGUGCUAAUGAAGUACUUUCUACUGAAAAGCAUGGUCCUACGGCAACCACCACUACCACGACCAGCGCCUCUAAGGCAGAGACAACUGAGGAAGAGGACAAUCGAGUGCACCACAGAGACAAUGUUACCACUGAGGAAAUUCUCGAACUGGAAGAGCAAGCCAGCAAUCCAGUCGAUGAGAAUCAACAACAGAAUGGCUCUGAGACAAAAAAGAGAAAUCUCUCUGCAAAAGAGAAAAAGUUGCUACAACGACUCAAGAAGAAGGGCAUGAGUGACAAGGAUGCGAGAGAAGCAAUUCUUUCUGGUAACAUUCCUGAAGACAUGCAAAAGAAAUCAGACUCAAAGGAAGAAGAGAGUCCGGAUGAAUCUGCAAAUGUCGCCGAUCAAGAAAAGUCACCAGCAGCCUCUUCCUCUUCAGCAGCUCUUCCCAUUCACAAGCCAAAAGGAAUGAAACAUGGAAAGUGGAAAAAGCUUAAGACCAAAUAUGCAGAUCAAGACGAAGAAGAACGAAAGAUAAUGAUGGAACUCAUUGGAAACAAACCAAAAGAGAAGCCAAAGGAAGAAGACAAACAACAAAACAAGAAGAAGGAAGAAGAAUAUCGCAAAAAGAAACAAGAGCAAGCUGAAAUUAAGAAGGUUUUGGAAGAGGAAAAUAUUCCCUUCAUGGAUGAAGAAGAUCGAGAAAAACUCACUGAAAUUGACAGUUUAACAGGUCAACCACGAGAAGAUGACAUUUUUUUGUUUGCCAUUCCAGUAUGCGCUCCAUAUGCAAGUCUCAAAAAUUACACAUACAAAGUCAAACUAGUACCAGCAGGUAGCAGUAAGAAGGGAAAGAUUGGAAAAGAAGCAGUUGCAAUUUUGAGAGCAGAAGCUAAAUCAUUUCCAGCGAUUGAGGCAUGUAUCAAAUCAAUGGAUGAAACGGAUAUUGGUGCAUGUCUGGUUGGAAAUUGUCGAAUUGCCACCAGUCAAGCAAAGAAGAGCUCUGCUAAGAGUGACAAGAAAAAGAAGGCAAAACCUGCCACUUCUGAAAAUGCUGUUGCAGAUUUGAAAUUGGAAGAGUAA